GCAGCCCAGAGCAGCAACGAAAAACCGAGCAGUCAACGAGUAAAUUGACUACUGAAGUGAUGCGAUAAAAAGGGAAAGCUGCCUGUGCUCGAUGCUCGCUGUGGAAUUAUUCAUACGUGGUUAAGCAGUGAAGCGCCUCCCAGUCCCUCGGUCAUAGAUCCUGGUGCAUAUAUGCAGAAUGCAUUUUGGCUUGAGGACGAUCCUAUAGCUAAGGAGGGUCCUUCCACUCGCCCAUAGGGCUCCCUCAACCGGAACCCCCUUCCCUUUUCUAGCCUAUAGAUCUCUCUGCACCUGUAUGGAUGUCGGAUCCCGGAUCAUGCUCAAACACUUGGGCAUCAACUCGGUUCGGUCGUUGGACUCUGUGGUUGGAUUGUAAUUAUAUCCUGUUUUUGAGAGUAAUCCCAGAUUUUUAAAGGAGACAGAAUUUACGUUCGUAAACGUAAAGAAAGCUCACGAAAACUUAGUGUGCAGAAAGAAAAGUUGAAUAUAAUUAUAUGUUUGAUCAAACCACGAGUAUGGGCGAUGGAAUCGCCGAGGACCGAAACCAUUGUGGAUCCGAUUCGUUGUGCCGUGAUCGAGGCAGAGACUCUAAAUGCCGGACCGAUGUGGGUAACCGAUCACCUGGUCAGAUCUCUAGCGACACUCCGGGCACAUCGGCGUCCACACCGACUUCAUCCAGCGAGGAUGGACACGAUAAACUUUUAGGAGUCGAUCCCGACUACUGUCGAAGGAUUCUGGUCAGAGACGCCAAGGGCACUAUUCGGGAGAUUGUUUUGCCCAAAGGUCUGGACCUGGACCGGCCGAAGCGCACACGCACCUCCUUCACAGCGGAGCAGCUGUACCGUCUCGAGCUCGAGUUCCAGCGCUGUCAGUACGUGGUGGGGCGCGAGCGCACUGAGCUCGCCAGACAGCUGAACCUCUCAGAAACUCAGGUGAAAGUGUGGUUUCAAAACCGCCGCACCAAACAGAAGAAGGACCAGACCAAGGACACGGACAAGCGGAUGUCGUCCACCUCUGAAUCGCUCGCUACGUGCAACAUUCUGCGCCUCCUGGAGCAAGGGCGACUCCUGUCCGUCACGGCCCCUCCACCCAAUCCGUUGUUGGCACACCCCCACCCAGGCAAUGGCUCUCUCCUCGGAAGCCCAUCUGUGUCCACUUCCUCCGGGGUGAGUAGCACCACCACACCGCCCGGGGCCGUGGCGGGUGGCGGUGGGACGUUUGGACUGUCGCUGUCUUCGUUGGGGGGCACUCCGCCUUCGCCGCACCUGGGGUUACCACCUCCCUCGCUUUGCUUUACCAUGCCUCUUUUGGGCGGUGCCCAUCACGAACUGCCUUCCGGAUAUGGGUGCGGGUCGUCAGCGUUUGAGCCCUACACAAGGAUAGAGAGGAAAGAUGGGGAGCUAGGUGGUAAGAAGACGGUUUCCUAAAAGCGUUCCCUCCCGUCGGCAUCUGCCUGUCUCAGGGGUCUCACCUGUGCCGUGAUCAGCCAGUUGUUGUUGGAUAGCGCGCUAGUUUGCGAAAGCUCCAACAAACAGAGAUUGAAAGACGUUGACAAGUCUUCAUUUUUUAAAUCGGAUUCGUCCUGCUCUUGCGCUAGUGCCUACAACCAAAUGUGUGGAAACGGCCAGUUAGACUCCAUCUUUCGUGUGGAGCGUUGUGAGAGUUGAAGGAUGAUGCCUUGUAAUUUAGCAUCACUCCAUUUAGUAUACCUGACUGGAAGUCUCGUUCACACAACUACACUGUUUCCUUCCAUUUUGAAGUGUGGCGCAGAAAGCAAAUUCGUCGGAAAAAUCUAUGUUACUGUAAAAGUUGAAAUGAUUUAAGUUAUCCGAAUGGGUGUUUAAAAAAAAUGAAAAUGGACGAAAAAAAUGAUGUCAAUGUUCUGUUUGACCCUUCCUUGUGAUGCGUGUUCAUGCUGCUCUAAAUGGGAGAGGUUUUUGUCUAUAUUACUGUGUGUCCUUAUGAAAGUGUAAGCGCACAGAAAGCACUGACAAACUUUCAUUCUCACCGGAGAUUGGUGAUGGUAGACAAACCAUCAAAUCAGUUCCACGAAAGUUCAGGAGUAGUGAAUCUUGAUCCAUUUAGAGCCGUCGGCAGCUUUAAUACGUAAAUGUGCUACCCAUAAAUUAAUAUAAAUCUAAUGAAUCUGUUUAAUGAAUAUAUAUUAUAAAUGUGUUUCUUGUCAAGGCCAGACCCGUUUAAAAUGUCUUUAUAGUCUCUUCAUAGCAAAUUCAGUUUGAGGCACGUUGCACAUGUCGCUCUCAUUGGCUCAGAAACCUGUUUGUCACCAGUUAACCUGACAUUCCCUAAUGUAAUUGACACAAACGGCUCAUAACAUUGACUUCCGAGAAGGACUUCCAGUCGUUUUGAGUCAUUCAGCAGCAGUUUUCAACAUCUUUAUGCUAAAUGAAUGACUGAACAUGCAUUGAAUCAGUUCCACGGGCUCGUAGAAUACAUUAUACUCGCCAUUCAGUGCAGCCAUACGGUUUCUUUCAAAACAUUUCCAAUUUUGCAUUCAUCAGACGCUUUUAUCUAAACUGAUUUAAAGUGCAUUCAAACUACACAUUUGAUUUGAUCAGUUUGUGUGUUGCCUGGGAUUUGAAAUGCUUUCUAUGCAGAUAGGAUGUGAUUUUGUCUAUUUGUUUUAGGAACAAACCUUUUGCGUUCUCCUGUCGGUUUGAGUUAAGGAUGAUCAUCGUCCUUGGUAAAGUUGUUGGGUUAGUUUGGUGCUGAUUUACGACCGUAGUCGUAAAUGACUGUAGUUUUACUGUACGACUCAAUCUGCGGUCUUUCUGUACCUUGAACCCGAUGCACUUUAGGUUCUUUGUCUUCUGCCAGCACAAGCGCAUGCUACCAUACAUAUCAACUAGUUUUUUGACAGUUUUUGCUGCUUGAAAGAAAGUCAAAUGCUGCGUCCCAAUUCGCCUACUUACGCUUCGCCCUUAAAGUGCAUACUGUUUUGUUAUGUAAAAGAAUAUAAGUAGUGUAUUCUUCUCAUUUUCAGUAAAUGAAAGCAUACUCACUUUAUACUGCAUACUACAAUCUGGGACGUACUUAUUGUAAUUUCAGAAACUAUUUAGGAUGGCUAACUGUAUGUGAAUUUGGACGCGGGGAAAGACAUUUUUAAAGUGUGUUUAGGUUAUGCUACAUUGAUUCAAUGAAAAAAUAGCUCAUGCUUGUAGUGUUCUGCACUCCGAGGUGUAGUAGACGUGUGACAACAGCAUCGCCAAAUGAAAUGACUGAAAUUAUGAUGCCACAAAAUAAAAAACGGUCGAGACAAUGCGAGUCUGUCAGCUGCUCGAAACAACAUUUUGAAAGCGCCGCAGAUCCACUUGUACACCGACCUGACAGCGACAUAAACAUUGUACUUUUUGUAAUACUGGAACAAUACUCUGCUAGUACUUCCGGGGAAGAAAAACGCUUGAAAAUGGUUUUGGUUUUCACUGCAAGCCUGUGCUGAAUAGUGUCAUUACGGUGGUUAUUUUCUAUUACAAUUCAGUUUGAAUAGCUAUUUAAACCCAAUUGGAUUACUGAAAUUUACCAAUGCCGAGUCAAACACACUUUACACCUUUCAACAUGUUUUUUUUGACAUUGCCACAGACAUGAUUGUAAACCAUUUCACUGUAACGUCAGUUUACUGUUUGUGUGGCAUUUGUUUGCUCUCACGUCCACGUUGCCUUGCAUUUUUAAAAGGGUCAGUGGUCAAAGAUUACGUGUGAGAAAGCCAUAAGCUGUUUUUUUUUGCGUGUCAGAAGCUAAUAUGAAAAGAAAUCAUGGCACCAGCUCCUAACAAAUAAAGAAAACACUUAAACAGUAUGUACAUAUUUGAUGAUUCUUUGCACAGUGUUUUCAUGUUGUAUUAUGUGAUCUUGAAAAAAAUGAAUGGAAAAAUGAUAAAUGCUUUACAAUUCUUGGUCUCAUUAACUAUUUGCACUUAUUUAAGAAAAGUUUCUUUGUGUUCUGUGGCAAAACAGCCUUUCUCAUUGUUGGGCUAAAAAAGCCGACAUAUUGUACAAAUAUGUACAUGUGUUUUUAUUCAUAUGCAUA